CUUUGACUUGACAUUUUAUUAUUGUGAAUACUUAGAAGGUUUUUGAAAGUUUUAAAUAUUACUUCUCUAUUUCUUUUUCUGAAUAUUCAGACUACAGUUCUAUAUUAUUUCUAUAGGUGAUAAUAUUUUAUUUUGGUUUCUAGAUAGUACGUUUAUUAUGUUUGAAUCAGACGAUUACGACCAGGUCUUAUCUCAAUUUGAAUUUCCCGAAGACGUCUUAGCAGUGAAUACGAAUAAUGUAGAAAGUAAAUGUGGCUCAAAAAACACGAACGUUGACGUAAAAAACGAUGCUGUGCACAACUUACAAACGAAUGGGGCGCAAGUUUUGAAGUUAAAUGAGAAUAUUCCUAAAAGUAUUGAAUUGCUAGUAAGGAACAAUGAAAACAUUGUUAACAACAGCAAAGAAAAUGUGAAGAAUGCAAAUAGUGUAGUAUCGCCAAAGCAUACAAAGCGAAAAAUGAUAAAUUCAUAUUUUGAUCAUAAAAGUAAAAGAAAGUUCCCUGGGCCAGCUGGACUUCUAACAGGAGGAUUUGAAGAAAAUGAGAAUAUUUGUCAAAUUGAAUUACUUUCCCAGGAUGUUGAUUUCACUCAAAACAGCUUGAGAGGUGAUUUAUUUGAGUCUCCAUUGUGGGUAAGGUUGUUAGAUGAUUUAAAAAGUUGGAAUUUACAUGAUGUAGAUUCAAUAAAAACAGUAAAGCAGCAAGCUAUGUCAGGAAACCUGAGGAGAAGGAAGGCCCAUACUAUUACUGCCUUUGUUGAAACUGUGGAUAGAUCUGCUACAGACCCACUAAUCAUCAUGAGAGAUACCACAGGAAAUAUAAAAGGUACACUUCAUAGAGAUGCAUGGUCAUCUUUUUCAAAGUACAUAGCUUCUGAAUAUUGUGCAUUUAUAUUAUGGAAGCCUACAAUACUUACAACAGGGAGUGCUUUCAAGAAACAUUACCUCAAUAUAACAUUAAGUAAUAUAUUAGCUGUCUAUAGCUCAACAGUACUGGCUGAUGAUGCAGAAGCUAAGCCCUUACCUGAUGGUUACACAAUUGUUUAUGAAGAAGAUUAUACUGUGAUAAAAACUGAAAAGAAUUUGAAAAACAUAGGUACAAAUGAAACAGUUACAAAUGGUUUUGAUAGUAAUACAAGUGAUUUGUUAGAAGAACUGGAUACUAUAUUUUCUGAUGAUGUAUUUUAGUGGUGUUGCAUUCAUUGUCUAGCUCAAAAGUAAACCUUAUUUGCUAUAUCAAUAGGUAGGUUAUUCAAAGUAUUAAAUGUCUUGAUUGUUUGAUUUUUUACUUAUGAUUUAUCUAAUAAUUGUGGUGCUAUUGUGUGUAGCCUCAAAUAGUACAUGUAACAAUAAAUAUUACUGUAUUGAUAAUUUUAGGGUAUAAUAUAAUAAAACAAUU